CACUGUUUAUUAUAAUUUGUACCAUUAAGGAUAUUUUAGCUUCGUGUGAAUAAAAAGAGAUACCUAAUGACAUCAAUUGAAAACUUAAUUAUAGUCAUAAUGUGGUAAAAGUAGAGAGAGGGGAUUGGAUAUUGGACAUGAGUGUUUUUGUGAACCAUCCUUCUUCAACGACGGUUGUGUUUAAUUGGAUACAAGUUGUGCUUUUUAAUAUAAAAACGUGUUUUUUCUGUGUUUUUUGAUAUACAAAAACGUGUUUGAUAUGCCGCCAAAGUAUAACAGGAAUUGUGACCAGCAGAAAGAGGGGAUAGUAAAUUCUCCUGCAAAGAUGGACGAAUACUGUCGGGAGAAGGGCUUCGCCGGCUGGUUCGAAACCUCUGCUAAAGAGAACAUUAACAUUGAAGAGGCAGCACGAUCUUUAGUUAAUAAGAUUCUUUUAAAUGACAAAUUACUACACAGCAACGACAAGGACGGCGAGAAGUUCGCGCUUGACCACAAGAUUGCUAACGGUGAGAACAAUCGAGAGCCGAGUACGGGCAAGUUUUGCGCUUGCUGACCGAAUGGUGCGUGUAUAGAGGUUGAUUAUGAUGUAAACGUAGGCUUACAUGGCGCUGUAACGUUUUUCAUGUUCGCUGUGUUUACUGAGGCUUGUAAUGGACAUAUUUUGUAUCAUGACCAACCGAUAUUUGAUCAAGACAAUUGUUAUCUACUAAUAGAUUUAAUCUGAAAAUAAAUAAUGUAAAUUAGUAAAUCUUAAGUAAAACUUAAAAUAUAUGUUUACUACAUAUCUAACACGUAGAAUGGAGAGUUCCUGCUUUUUAUGAAAAUCUUUUGGAUAUAUUUUAUAAAUUAAAAUUUCGAAUGAAUACAAUUAUUUAAUAUCAUCUAAGUAUAUAAUAUCAAUCUCCUAAACUCUAUCCUCUAUAUUGUAAUGCAUUAAAGAGCGGAAAGUCAAUUAUUAGAUUGCUGUUUUAAUUAAGAAUGUCGUUAUGUAAACCUGGCUUAAGUAUGAAUCGAAAAUAAUGAUUAUGUUAACUACAAGUUAUCAUAAUCAUUAUUUUCGAUCCUUUGGAUAUGAUGAUAUACUUUCACGGUCGCAAUUCAAGUUUCAGAAAUUCUCAUUUAAAUUUUCGCGUAGCCAAAUCCAAAGAUCGUACUUAUUUUAGCUUGUUGUAUAAAGAACAAACUCGAGGUCGCAACGAACGAAUGAACAAAGUUAAGUAGUAUAUUUUUUAGUACCUAAAAUAUAUAUGGUACAGUACGAUGCAAACUUUAUGACCUUUCGUAACAUCGUGUUUACGUAGGGGCGCGGCGGCAGUACUGUAAGCGCGCCUCUCUCCUACAGCCGCCUCACGCGUCUUGACUUUAUGACCUGCACGUAGCGACACCUGAAUCUAAUUUCCCAGACGCCAUAAAGUUUGCAUCCAACUGUACCUAAAGGACUUAGCGCACUAAGCGGCCACGAUCACGACUAGUGGCCACAGCGACCAUAUUAAUUGAAGAAAUCCGCCGAACAAUUGGCCGCAGACCGGGACGGCACAGCUGGUCGUUUUGACCAAACUAUGUUUAGUUUGCUAUGAUGAUAUACAUAUUUGUAAUUAUAAUAAAUAUUGCCAGGUAAAAUAAUAUCUACUGCUUGUUACUAAUGGUUAAAAAGGACCAAGCCAAUACAACGUUGCCUUAAAGUUUGUAAUAACUUAAAAAUUAUAAAAUUUAUAUUACUAUUUAUUAAAGGUACACUUUUAAUGAAAUUAUGAAAUACGUGUUUUCUCCUAUUCUUUGUUGAAAAGUCUUUGUUUCUUUAAAACUAUUUAACAAUUGAAAAAUUUUGUUAUAUUGUACACUAAUUCUUAUAUUUAUAUUAUCCAAAUCUUAUUUUAUUUUGGGGACAUGAAAUUAUAGUCCUUAAAAUGUAUAUCAUUAAGGACUUAACGAGACUUUUAAAAACUAUGGUCAUAAUAUUUUAGUAUUCUUUAUAUACUAAACAAUAACAGGAAGCUUUAUAUACUGAACAAUAAUUUUUCAUAAUAGGUAUUUUCAGAAUAUGUGCGAAGAUUAAAAAAAUACAUAAAAUCUGAUGUUACACACACAAUACAUGUAACAUUUUUAACACACUACACAAGAACACACUUUACGUGUGUUCAUUGUUACACAAGUAAAGUGUGUCACUAGCCUAAAAGUGUUGUCAAUUUUACUUGUAAAUUGUAGGGAUGGCGAGUUGGGUUUAGUUUAUAUUGAGAAAUAUUAGGAUUUCUACAUGUUUGUGCAUGACAAUCCGAUCAGACAUUUGUAAUAUAAAUGUAGUUCAAUCGAUGAUAAAUUUGUAUCGAUUAAUGACUAGUACUGUGUGUGUAAAUUGACAAUAUUGGUGUUUACCGAGAAACUUUCUCAACUUCGAUAAGAAUUUCUAUUAAAAAGUGGCCUGAAUAUAUUUUAUCUAAAUGAUACGAGUAUAAUUAAAUUGCAUUACUACUUACCCAAUAAAAUAGUAGGUAAAUGUUUAUUGGACAUCAUAUGAAAAUAAUAACAAAGUGCCUCUUUAUAUCGAAUUAACAGGAAAUGUAUAUCGACUCUCUAAGAAGUUAAUUAAAAAAAUUCAACUAUUAUUAUUUUCUUAUUUCAGAAAAUUUUAUUAUUCUCCCUCAUUUUUCAAAUUCGUUUAUUUAUCUUGAGGGUUACUGUUGAAUUGUAAACUUUAUUCUGAAAGUGUUAAGUGCCAUUUUCGGAUGGAUCCUAAUGUUAUAUAAUGGAUAAUACACACUGGAGCUAGGCGGUCGCGGCCAACAUUGUUUUAUGUGAUUUGUUAAGCCGCUGGCAUCGGUGUGUAUUGCUUAAAUGUAUAAUUAUAUAAAAUAUAUACAAUAUACAAUAUACAAUAUACAUUUAUUGUGGACAUCGUGUAUAUUAUUCGAGUUAUGUUAUUGGAAUAAGUAUUACUUAUUGUGUGAGAGCGCGUGAUGUUACUUUAUAAUAAUAAUAAUAAAAUGUUUUGAAAUGGUAA